CAGACCACUUUUCACUAUAAUGCACAUCACUGGAGUGAUUAUAAAGGAUACAACCUUCCCGGAGGAGAGACUGGGUUCGACGAGCAGGAAACAAAGCUACCCACUUACUGGAACACAUCCUUCUCUAAGAUCUGCCUCGGUAUGAAGAUCGACCAACAGCUCAGGUUCAUUGUCAUCCACAAGAAGGCUGACUCUCUGUACUCACUGAUCGCUGAUGGGCAAUACCGCGCCACCUCACUGGGUCGUGACAAGUGGAAAGAGUUGAUUGGCUCGCAAGGCUCAUUACAGUACAACUGCAACAAAGAAGGGUUCAAUGCUGUUUGUAGUAGGAGUGAAAAUUCUAAAACCAGAUUUGGUAUUGUUAGCAACAACCAGAAUGAGUGUUCCUCGUGCGACUCAAGGAUCGGAUUUGGCACAGGGGGUAACCCUGACGAUUCGAACACUUGUGGUAACGAGGCAAGUCGAAGUGGUGUGGAUAACGGGAUAAAACAUAUCAAAGCCAUGGGAUACAUCCUGGUACAGUGAGGAAUUAGAAAAACUCAGCUUAUAAAACAGAAUUUACAUGCUUUGGUAAUCGAAUAUGUCCACAUCGUAUGAGUCGUUUGAAUCUGUACCAGCGAAAGUUAAGAAUUUAUCCGUGUAAGCCACAAUUGUCAGCUGAUUACUAUUUCUCUUGCUAUUUACAACAUCAUUCAUACAAUUUUAAAGGCUGAAAACAUCGAUCGAAGUUCUGGAAAAUUCCUUGAAAUUUGUUUCUGAACAAGGGCACGAAGAUUCGUCGUUUCUCAACCUCAUUCCUGCCUUUAGCCUGCCAAAAUUACCUCAUUAUUCUUUUUAAAGGAUUGAAAUGAAAAAAAAAAUGUUUUGUAGCCUAAAUGUUUAUGUGAACGAUUAUUCAUUAGAAUAGAAUACCCUGCUCCAGAGGACUUUUCCGUUGUUCUCAGCGGAAUAAACCAGCGAUUGAGUAAUUUUCAAUAUAAAGUUAAAAGCGCAGAAUGUCCAGAACCCAAAACCAAGAUAGUCUGACAGGAUGCUAAUCUAAUAAAAUCCUCGGUGGCACCGAAAUGCAAUGAUACUUGAAUGUAACUUUCCUCCUUAACUCUUAAUGCCUUAUUCCUGUGCAAGCCCGUAUCCCUGGGUUCUUUGCGCUAUGCCUAUUUAUCCACCCUUCUGCUUGCCUCUGACAAUUUCAUAUCUCCUGCUGGCUCAGUUUAUCUUUUAUAAGCUUGAGGGAAGAAAUAGAAAAGAUCCAAAGGUCUCCAGUAGCUAUAGAAAAACGGGAAAACUUGGUAUUUCCCAUCGAAAAUAAAUGUGAUUUGCAUUUCUCAAGCCGUUUGUCAUUUUUUUGUGAAUAUUUAAUUAUCUUAGCGCAACGCGGCAAAAAUAGAUCAGGUGACUAAUUAUUUAAAAACCUAGAAGUUCGUUACGCAACUUACAUUUCAAAAGUGUCACCACAGAUCGCACUUCGAAGCUUACUAGCCGCAUAUGGAACACAAAUUGUAAGUAUAAUAUUUUUCCCGUCGCUUCAACCGAAAUCGACAUGUGUAAUAACCUUCUUUGUCAUAUUAAUUUAAUUUUUCAGUUGACUAUACUACUACAAGUGCAAAUAAAUUCCAUGUACGGCCAUGUGCGCAAAAAUCAGUUAGUGGUGAAAUCUUCAACAUAAAGUAGCCCUUCAAUCACAGGAGCGAAUCAAAAUGAUUAUUCUUCUAACUUCCGCAUUAUCAAAAUUCAUAGCUCCUUUUCCUUUUUAUUAAAAGCAGUUAUUGUUGUUUCUCCCAUCGUUUGUUUCUUUUACUCUGGUUAUAAUUAUUUGUUUGAAUGGUCUCUCAAGUACCGAAUACCAGCAUCAUGAAAAGAAAGUUGACAAUUUAGAGUAGCAAAUAACUGCUGAAUAACAGCAUCAACAAAAGAAAGAUGGCCAUAAGGGUAACAAAUAAUUGGUUUAAACCAGCUAGUUUAUGGCCUUAAGCCCAAUUCACUUAAUUAAUCUUUGUGUUAAAUAAAGCAAAUCCUGAUAACGUAGGCUUUGGAUUUAGUUCAACAUCACUAUAAAGUAAAACUUAAUUUAUAUGUCAGAAAAUUUAUCGGGGGCAAAUAUUGACCUUAACAUAUGACUUGCUUUGAUAUACUAAGUUUUCAGAAAAGCUACACUUUGCCGAAUAUUAAAGUGAGGAGUAAUUUACUUUCAAGGGCAAAAAUCAUCCCCAUCAAAUUUUCAAGUUUUCACUUGUUUUUCGUCCUUCUUUUUGAACAUACUCCUUCUACAACGUUGCUGAAGAAACAAUCAUCCCUAUAUUAAUCCCAUCACAAACCACGUUUUCACUAACCCUCGAGAAAAGUGGUCACGGAUUUCGCCUGAUUUAUCGUUUGUCGAGAACUUCCUUUCUUCAAGGAUUGCAGGACGACUUUUAUAUCUAGUAACUUCUACUUUAUUGCCCUCUUACUCGCUGCUGUUCGGCCAAUAUUGUUAUGAAAGACGUCUCCGCGAUGCAAAUAUUUCAAGAGCACACCUACAUCGCGAUUCGUCAACUCAGUGAAAUUAUCUCCGUGUCUGAAAAGAUUGGAAUAACUUAAAUAGCACGGAAUUUUUGGAGGUAGAAUCCAAAUCAGAGAUCAUGAAUUAAUGACAUUUUGCCGACAGUGUGAAUAGGAACGUCUUCCAGAUGUAAAUAUUUCAAUAUCACACCUAGACAGCAGCAUAAAAACUGAUUGAGAUCACAGCUAACAUUUUGCUUGCUUCUGUUUGAUCAUCGCGGGUGACAGAUGCUCCUUAGAAUGUUGAUAACGGUCUGAAGACACUGUGACCAGGUAGUUAAUCGAUAGACGGAGCAAAGAACUGUCAUACUUUACGUCAAUAAUGAAUUACGUGAUCUUUCCUAAAAGGCAGGCGAGAAGAAAUAAAAUUAUCUGGUCCGAAAAAUGAGCUGGUACAUGUAAUAGGUACUCAUUACGGACGUCUAACUCAGGCUAUCGGAUGGCCAUCCUAUUUUCAUAAGUUAGCAAAAAAUUUUUUUUUUUUAUCGCGGAACAAGUAAUGAUAUAGAUUUCAGAUUAACAAUACAACAACAUGAUACAAGACUAUAAUCCUAAGCUAACCUCAACUCUCAUUAAGAUGAAUCGAACGUACAUCAGUAAUUUUUGGUUAUGACUUCCGUGUAGCUAAUUACUGAUACAGAACAUUCACGAAAAUACUAUCUUCAUUAGCGAUUGGUUGCCACCUAAGAAUACAUUGUUUUUGUAACCUGCCAAUCUUCCAUCAUCGAUAACACCGUUUUCAACAUUAAAUAUUUGCUUAAAAUAAAGAAGAAAAUAUCAUGUGCGCUGCUAACAACUUCAUACGAAAGUCAAGGCAGACAAGUUUAUACCUUGAGAUAUUGUGUUUCUCCCUCUUUCCAGGUAUUGGACAAUACUCCUGUUAAAGCCUAGCCAGAACACUUUUCUCCACGUUUCAAAAUUCCCAAAUAAACUCGGAGGAAGGCUAUUAUCUCACGCAAAUAAGAAAACCUUUUUAUUUCUGGAUAUUCAUAAAUUACCUCGCGUAAGACUAAUGUCUCUUGCCUCAUUUGCCCCGCUAGUAAUUGAUUCAAUCUUUAUUCCUCUUCCAUCCAUGAACCAUGAAUUGUGACCGCAGAAUGAGUUUCAAUCCAUUUUCCAUAUGCAUGUAAUCUAAGUGGUUAUAGGGUACAAUAAGUUAAUUCAAAUGGUUGUAACACGGUCCCCUUUCGGCAAAAUACUUUUUGUAGUUCCAAGCACACCCAUUACGCACUUGACUCGAAUAAGUGGUUAUAGGGUACAAUAAGUUAAUUCAAAUGGUUGUAACACGGUCCCCUUUCGGCAAAAUACUUUUUGUAGUUCCAAGCAUCCCCAUUACGCACUUGAUUCGAAUAAGUGGUUAUAGGGUACAAUAAGUUAAUUCAAAUGGUUGUAACACGGUACCCUUUCGGCAAAAUACUUUUUGUAGUUCCAAGCACCCCCAUUACGUACUUGAUUCGAAUAAUGCCCCCCCCCCCCCGAUCAUUUAUCAUUUAGCGCUCUCGUUAACCAUCCGUCAUGUCUGCUGAUUUUAAGCGCCAUUUCAUUUUGGUUUUCCUUUCGUCGAUCCUCACAUACGCCCAAUGUUCUGCUGGUAAGUAUUUUCACUAUUUACUUUCAAGGUUUUCGUAUUGCGCUACCAACAAUCAACAUAUCUCGAAAUAUAGAUGGGCACGCCAAAACGUAUGUUGAAGCAAAAGACUUAACAAUGAAUUUUUUUUCACUAUUUACUUUCAAGGUUUUCGUAUUGCGCUACCAACAAUCAACAUAUUUCAAAAUAUAGAUGGGCACGCCAAAACGUAUGUUGAAGCAAAAGACUUAAAAAUGAAUUUUUUUUCGCUUCUGCAAGGUGUACCUAAUUAAAAUUUCAGUUUAGCAAAGUAUUAUCGUUGUUCAGGCCUAUUUACUCAUAUAAGGGGAUCAGCACACUAUUUUGUUUAACAAUAAAGAUAUUUUUAUCGUGAUGCGGUCGGUUGAAGUUAAGAUAUAGUUUAGAAUUUAUACGAAUAAUAUUAAAGUGAAUGUAUAAUGCUUUAAGUUGAAAUGAAGAAGGGUACAUGUCGAGUAUAUUUGCCUCAUUCCACGCAUUUCCAUCGGGCACCUGCUUUAAACCUAAAUGUACUCGUUAAUUUUUUUGACGUACAGCAUUUUCUCCUCAAAUAAUUCAUAUCCUUCUCAAUCUCGUUCUCUUUUUAAGACCGUCAGGUGUAAAAUUAAAAUUAUAUUUUCAAAUUUUCGCAAAUGAAACUUUAAUUUAACUUGCGGAACAAAAGCUGUUAGAACAGCUUGCAUUUCCGUUGAUCCUUGUCAUUAGGCCCACUGUUCAAGCUAUGGAGAUGCAAAUUUGUUUCAAGUACACCUACAAAAGAACAAAACUGUUCGUCGCACAAAUCUCUUAAGAUUUACUAUGGACUAAAUUUUACUUAAACAUUUUUACUUUAAAAAGGCAUUAAGCCUUUACCAUCGGAACCAUUUAGUGUUGAGCAACAGAGAAAGUAUUUGUGCACUUUGAACUCGCCAGACGUUGUCGGGUAAUUAUUUAAAUUCGAUAAAUAAACAUAAUCCCUUCCAAACCAGAUAUUUUUAUGGAUCAAAUGGAAAUAUCUCUGGUGGCUCGUAAAAAGUUUUUCGUUGGGAAAAUUUGCUUUGAGUGUACUAAGGUGCAUUGCUCGAUUAAUUCGCAAAUGAAAUCCUUCACCUGGUGGCGAUUGGUUUUUUACACCUGUUCUUCGUAUGGACACAAAACGGAAAAUGACAAUAAGAAGAAAGAAAGAAAAUCAAUUUUCAAAAUUGCUGGGUAAUUUAGAUAAAAAUCUGGCACUUUCAAGAAGUUUGAAAGACAUUUUCAGUUCCGAAAGUCGGUGAUAUUAAUGUAAGAUUUCCAAUUGCCGCGUAACAACUAAACCUGCCGGGCAAUUAGCCAGAGCCUAACAUGGGUCUUAAAUACGCGUACAUUUAACCAUUUAUGUACUUAAGAAAGCAGUUGAAGAACUUCUUCGCCUUUAUGGUAGCUACUAAAGUAAAGCUUAAAAAGAAUUCGAUCAUAAAUGAUAGUUGUGUAUCGGAAUUAAAACAGGUCUAUGUCAUCAGGAUUCGCUCAAGAGAUAAUUAACGUAUGCAAAACGCUAUCAAUUAUAUAUUGCUCGACUUGUUAGAAAACAUUGUUUACAUUACUUUAUCCCAUCCAGUGUAACUACUAAAAGGCUUACAUCAGUGGCUUGAGUAGAUGGCAAGACGAGUAAAUCCAGAGAAAUUGGACCAGCAAAGAGUAAGUUAUUAUUAAUCAUCUAAAUAUCUAAUUCAUUGCUCUCAUUCUAGAAAUAAACGCAUUGGAAGAAGAUUGGUUCCCUUCUGACAAGACAUUUAAACAGCGUCUGUUUUCAAAAGAUGAACUCCAUUUUCUGAACGUAGCUCGAGUUGGAAUGUUUACUUUGUACAACCAGUUGGAUUGCCUAUUUCAAUGUGUAAGAAAUACAUUGUGCCUUUCAAUAAACAUGGCUGCCUCCAAAGAAGCAGAUGGAAGGUUUUGGUGUGAAUUGUUGUCUUCUGAUAAGUACCUAGACGCAGAGAACUACAAAGAAAACACAAGUUCACAUCAUUUGUCUAUUCUGGUAAGGACUUCUACACAGUGAGUUUUAUUAAAAUUUGAGCUUUUACAGAUUGGCGCUAUUUUUCUUUGGUUGACGCAAAACCAAAAUCAUCAAAAACACAACGGCUAAUUAGAACGAAGGAAAAGACUUGACCUUAAAGAGCUAAUCAGAACUCAAACUAAAGACAAGAAACUGCCCAAAGCGCGAGACACGCGGAUCACAUAGUCCUCCGCUUAGUUUCAACACUCCCAAGAAUUCUAGAUGUAUCUAAUGACAAACGUACUCUUAGGAGCGAUUGAAACAAGUUUUUACCCUCUAAGUUCUUGCAGUGCUGAUCGCCAGUUUAUCAUUCAGAAAUAGAGAUAUCGGCUUCAUUUAUCAAAAUUGCUGUUCAAACAUUUAACAGUAUUUUUAUUGUUUUUCAUAUUUUAGUCUCCUUGUUCUUCUUCACCAUGUCAAAACGGAGGAACCUGCAUCCCGAAUUAUAAAUACACUACUUGCCAAUGUCUCUGUGAACAAGGUUUCGUGGGAGAAUUUUGCGAGAAAGGUAAUAUGUGGUUAUAUUCGAGUUAUUCAGUCAAAAACCUUUUUCCUAAAAGUUGUUCUGGAAAGACAUUUCUUUCAUCCUCACGUGAUUCUUUCAUUUUUGCUGUGCCCUGCUUGCUCCUUAGUUCUGAUGUCUCUGAUUUGUGCUAAGUCCAGACUUGAUAGUGAUGAGGAAUCAUCGUAAAAACGUAAUGAUUAAAGUUAGAAGAUUCGACAGAAUAAGGUAACUUUCUUUUUUUUUUUUUUUUCUUGGUCGGGCCUUCAAAACAUUGUCACUAUUUCAUUUUAGCUUAAAAACCUGGUAAAUUUCCUGCCAAUAAAUCCGAAACACUUACCUUCUAUCUUCUAGCUAUCACGUCCUGCAAGGAGUUCUAUGACUUAAAUAGGUAAGUUACAAGCCUUACUAAGAGAAUCAACGUAGUGUGAUCCACUUAAGCAAAUAUCAACGGUGAGAAAUGAAGUUAUAUCCAUGCUCCUUCCCUCCAAUCCCUCGCCAGUUCCCUUCAGGAUUGUCCUAAGGGAGAGACAUACUUUCAAUGUUAUUGUGGCAGAAAGGGAGAAGGCAUAUACACUUGUACUUAUGCAAAAAUAUUUUAGAUUAUAAAGCAGACGUACCAAUACAUUUCUGAUUCUUGGAAUUAGAAUAAUCAUAAAAACCUAUAUGCAAUCAGCUUCCUCCUUUUGAUCCCUUGUAAAUAGCUCUAAUGUCAGUGAACUGGUAACCCUCCGCCUGGACUCCAAAGCAAUCUCCGUUCUCUGCCACAUGGGAGAUUUUGGAUGUGGAAAUGGAGGAUGGACACCGGUCAUGAAGAUUGACGGCACUAAGGUAAGAUUCUUGUUGAUUUAGCUGAUAGACAGGCCUCAUAACCAGCAGGGAAUUCUGUUCAUGUGGAAAAAUGCGCCACCAUACUAAUGAGGUACGCAUCUAAAUAGUUUCCAGCAAUCAAGAAAUGUUUACCUGAAUCGGGCAAGGAAAUUGGAUAGAUGCAAAUUUAGAAAUGCCGGAAUAUUUCUUGACGAUAUGGUCACCCAUGCCGGUGGCUUUGGAUAAGCUCACGAUCGUGAGUUGAAAUUGCUCGCGUUUAGCUUAUAGAAACAAAUGAUUGUCAUCCAGUUGUCACUGUCUGUUUUAAUACCAUUGAUUUGAUUUAGAGCCCAAAACGGGCUAAGCUUGGGUGAAAGAUCGUUACAUGAAAUUGAACUGCAUUUACAGCUAUGAAAUUAUUUUGAUUUAAAAGGGCACCUUUCAUUACAACAGCACGUACUGGAGCAAUAAAAUUGAAUACAACCUCCCCGGAGGGGAGUCUGGGUUUGAUUCACGGGAGACAAAGUUAUCGACUUACUGGAACACAUCCUUCUCCAAGAUCUGCCUCGGUAUGAAGAUCGGACAACAGCUCAGGUUCACUGUCAUUAACAAGCAGGCCGACUCUCUGUACUCACUGAUCGCUGACGGUCAAUACCGCGCCAUCUCACUUGGUCGAGAAACGUGGAAAAACCUGAUUGGUUCAAUUGCCUCCUUACAGUUAAAUUGUAACAGGGAAGGAUUCAAUACUGUUGAUGUUAACCGUAUUGAUGUUUACCAUUCUGAAGCAAGAAUUGGCAUCGUUGCUAACCAGGAGAAUGAUUGUAAGACCUGUGACUCAAGGAUAGGGUUCGGUACAGGGGGAUAUUUUGAAGACGCCGUAGCGUGUGGUAACGUGGCAUAUGUAAAAGGAGAUAAUGGAGACAGGCGCACUCCGGGCAUGGGGUACAUCCUAGUGCAGUAA